AUGGAGUGGCAGUGGCUUAAGGACUGGUGGCGUUUAAAAAGAUGGAGAAAUAAAAAAAAGAAGGAACAAAGUGAUGAUGAAGUUUGCUAUUGUGAUGAUUGUCUGCCCGAUGGCGAGUUGGAUCUGUGCGAGUCUCUAGACCCACACGAGGAUGGCGGGGGCAAGAAGGUGGUGGUCGGCGUAUGCGCCAUGGCCAAGAAGUCGCAGUCCAAGCCAAUGAAGGAAAUCCUCACCCGCCUGGAUGAAUUUGAGUUCAUUAAGAUGCUUGUCUUCCCAGAGGAGGUUAUCCUUAAGACGCCGGUUGAGGAGUGGCCGAUUUGCGAUUGCCUUAUAUCAUUUCAUUCGAAAGGCUUCCCUCUCGAUAAAGCCAUUCAGUACGAAAAAUUAAGGAAGCCGUAUGUGAUCAACAACCUUCACAUGCAAUAUGAUAUUCAGGAUCGUAGAAAAGUAUAUGCAAUAUUAGAAGGCGAGGGGAUCGAAAUACCACGUUAUGCAGUAUUAGAUAGAGACUCUCCCGAUCCCAAGCACCACGAGCUGGUAGAGUCCGAGGACCAUGUGGAAGUCAACGGCGUGGUGUUCAACAAACCCUUCGUAGAAAAGCCGGUGUCAGCGGAGGACCACAACAUAUACAUAUACUACCCUACAUCCGCGGGCGGUGGCAGCCAGCGACUCUUUAGAAAGAUCGGAAGCCGCAGCAGUAUAUAUUCGCCGGAAUCAAGAGUCAGGAAAACGGGUUCUUUUAUUUAUGAAGAUUUUAUGCCCACUGAUGGUACAGACGUGAAGGUGUACACGGUGGGGCCGGACUACGCGCACGCGGAGGCGCGCAAGAGCCCGGCGCUGGACGGCAAGGUGGAGCGCGACUCCGAGGGCAAGGAGAUCCGCUACCCCGUCAUACUCUCCAACCAGGAGAAGCUCAUCUCGCGCAAGGUGUGCCUCGCCUUCAAGCAGACCGUCUGCGGGUUCGAUCUCUUGAGAGCGAACGGCAAAUCGUUCGUGUGCGACGUGAACGGGUUCUCGUUCGUGAAGAACUCGAACAAGUACUACGACGACUGCGCCAAGAUCCUGGGCAACAUGAUCCUGCGCGAGCUGGCGCCCACGCUGCACAUCCCGUGGUCGGUGCCCUUCCAGCUGGACGACCCGCCCAUCGUGCCCACCACCUUCGGCAAGAUGAUGGAGCUGCGCUGCGUGGUGGGCGUCAUCCGCCACGGCGACCGCACGCCCAAGCAGAAGAUGAAGGUCGAGGUGCGCCAUCCGAGAUUCUUCGAAAUCUUCGAGAAGUACUCGGGGUUCAAGCACGGGCACGUGAAGCUGAAGAAGCCGAAGCAGCUGCAGGAGAUCCUGGACAUCGCGCGCGCGCUGCUCGCCGACAUCCACACGCGCCACGCCGACCCCGAGAUAGAGGAGAAGCAGGGCAAGCUCGAGCAGCUCAAGAGCGUGCUCGAGAUGUACGGCCACUUCUCGGGCAUCAACCGCAAGGUGCAGAUGAAGUACCAGCCCCGCGGGCGCCCGCGCGGCUCCUCCUCGGACGACGGUAACGCCGCGCACGGUCCGACACCCAUUACCUCAUACAUUAUAUUAUCUAUAGUGUUGCCAGUUUCAUUGAAAAAUAACUACCAUUUUAUACAUAUUAUAAAUUAUGUAAACGUUGGUCCAGUAGGUUGCGAUGGAGAGCCGUCGCUGGUGCUCAUCCUGAAGUGGGGCGGCGAGCUGACGCCGGCCGGCCGCAUCCAGGCCGAGGAGCUGGGCAGGAUGUUCCGCUGCAUGUAUCCCGGCGGACAGGGACGGCAUAUACCCGGCGAGGCGGGCACGCAGGGGCUGGGGCUGCUGCGGCUGCACUCCACGUUCCGCCACGACCUGAAGAUCUACGCGUCGGACGAGGGCCGCGUGCAGAUGACGGCCGCCGCCUUCGCCAAGGGCCUGCUCGCGCUCGAGGGCGAGCUCACGCCCAUACUCGUGCAGAUGGUCAAGAGCGCCAACACCAACGGCCUGCUCGAUAACGACUGCGACUCCUCGAAAGUGCAAAAUAUGGCCAAGGCGCGGCUGCACGAGGCCAUGCAGGUGGAGCGCGAGUUCAGCGCGGAGGAGCGCGCGCGCAUCAACCCGUGCGCGUCGCUGAGCAUCGCGGCCGCGCUGGACUUCGUGCAGAACCCGGCGCGCACCUGCGCGCACGUGCACGCGCUCAUCCGCCGCCUCGUGCGCAUCGUGCUCGCCAAGCGCGACGACGCCAAGUCCAAGGAUACAAUUCUAUACCACGGCGAGACAUGGGAACUGAUGGGGCGACGGUGGGGCAAGAUAGAGAAGGACUUUUGCACAAAGAACAAGACGUACGAUAUAUCUAAGAUCCCAGAUAUCUACGACUGCAUCAAGUACGACCUGCAACACAACCAGCACACGCUGCAGUUCGAUCAGGCUGAGGAAUUGUAUAUCUACGCUAAAUACUUGGCCGACAUUGUUAUACCACAGGAGUACGGGUUGACGAUGCAAGAGAAAUUGACAAUAGGGCAAGGUAUAUGCACUCCCUUGCUUAAGAAGAUCCGCGCCGACCUGCAGCGGAAUAUCGAGGAGUCUGGCGAAGAGAAUGUCAAUAGGCUCAACCCGAGGUACAGCCACGGCGUGUCGAGCCCGGGCCGCCACGUGCGCACGCGCCUCUACUUCACCAGCGAGAGCCACGUGCACUCGCUGCUCACCGUGCUGCGCUUCGGCGGCCUGCUCGACGUAUUGAAAGAUGAACAAUGGCGACGCGCCAUGGAGUACGUGUCGAUGGUGUCCGAGCUCAACUAUAUGUCACAAAUCGUCGUGAUGCUGUACGAAGACCCUACUAAAGACCCAUGCUCUGAAGAAAGGUUCCACGUGGAGCUGCACUUCAGCCCGGGCGUGAACUGCUGCGUGCAGAAGAACCUGCCGCCCGGCCCCGGCUUCCGCCCGCACAGCCGCAACCACUCCACCACCAACAACUCGAGCCCAUCUGAUGAAGUUAAAUGUAUAGAGGAGGAAGGAGAAGAUGAUCAGAUGGCCAGUCUGGAGACUCUGCAGCCGGACAAUUUGGACGAACUGGACGGUACAUUCUCACCAAGGACGACGUCCACAUCUAAACUAAGACCUUCAGACCCCAUACCUAUCUGCAACCUGCACUACACGGUGAGCGGGCACGAGGCGUCGGCGCUGGCGGCGCGCCUCAACGAGGAGCUGCGCGCGCGCUCCGCCGUGCCCUGCGCCCACCCGCCGUGUGAAGAGAAAGAGCCCAAAGACGGCGAGGAGCCGCAGCCGCGCGCGCGCAGCUACGACCAGCACAAGCAGGCGCACGACAACGUGUAUUUUGUUUCUGUCACCCCUUCUCUAACACCGCCCCCAUCUCACGUAACCCUCGUAUCAUGUCGUACCGCGCCGCCCCCGCCGCCGCCGGCGGAGGGCGGGCGGGGCGGGGGCGGGGGCGGGCGGGGCUGUAGCGUGCGCGGCGCAGGGCGGCGCCAGCGGCACAGCAUCGCCGGCCAGAUGAGCUACCUCAAGAUGCUGGGGCUGGGCGCGCGCGGCAAGCUGCCCGGCGCCGCGGGGCUCUUCAGCACCGCCGUCAUCUCCGGCUCCAGCUCCGCGCCCAACCUGCGCGUCAUGAUACCCACGGCCGCCUCCAGCAACACGGCGCUGGAGGGGUUCGGCGGCGUGCCCGCCAUCCGGCCGCUGGAGACGCUGCACAACGCGCUGUCGCUGCGCCAGCUGGACGACUUCCUGGAGCGCGCGGCGGCGCCCGCGCAGCUCGGCACGCCGCCCGCGCCCGCGCCCCCGCCCCCGCCCCCGCCCGCGCCCGCGCCAGCACAAGCAGCCCUCGCCUACCAACAGUGCAGGCUGGAGUGGACCGUCUUCUUUAAUGUCGUCGUCGGGGGAGCUGCCGAGUGGGCUGUCGUCGGCCGAGCCCUCUUCCCCCAACUCCAACUACGCCUCCAACUCCGACCACAACAAGAACAGCUCGGAGAGGCGGCCACGCCCGAGUGGGAGCGCGCCGCGCUGUGCCUCGCCGCCGCGCUCGCGCCCGCACCAGGUUCAUCUAUUAGUGGGGAUGUGACGCCGGUGUCGGCCGCGUCCGAGCUGGAGUUCCACAGCAACGAGGCCACCGCCGGCUCCAUCACAGAUCACGACAUAUUGAGUGCAGAAGGUGAAGAGGAUGAGGAAACAUUGUCAGUGGACGCGGGCGGCUCUCCUGGCAGGGUCAUCCGGAACGACCUGUCGCGGCGCCCCGCGUCCCCCGCGCCGGGCCCCGCCCCCGCCCCCGCCGCGCCCGGGCCCCCGCCGCAGCUCUACGGCCUCAGCUACCACGACAUCAAGGACACCUUCUACAAGGACAUGCCUUCCAGUAGCAAAAACUACAACGUCGACAACGACCUCACAAGCAAAUGCACAAAGGACCCCCUGCACUACGCCGACAUAGAAUCUUUAAACCUUCAAAGCAAAGACAGCAGGAGUAAGGAGAAGAAACACGAGCUACUAAACAACGGCAGUAGAAGAUACAGCGAUGGUAGCGCACAGAAAUGUAACCUGAACUCGACGGUGUCGGGCAGUAGGUUUACCACGACGCUUGUGACGGAGGACCCGCUCAGACCGGCCUCGCCCGGAGACAAUUGUGAACAUGAUCCAGAAUCUACAGACACUGUG